UGAGCAACAUAAAGCAGAAUGUACUUCGUAAAGAAAAUGUUUUUAGACUCCAAACAAGUUCUCAGUGUAACUGUUCUUCAGUUCUUCAUCCUCUACGUCAUCAAAGACUCGUCCCUGGCCUCCAAGUCUCCAGAGGUACCACAGUCCCACGCCCGUCCAAAUGUAGCUCCUUCAGGGACACUAGGAAGUGUAUCACAACUUAAUUCACUUUCACUUCAGAAACGUUCUGUUUAUAAUUUGGAAGAUGUUAAAGACUUAGAUUCAAAUAAGAAGGAAGAGUUAGAUUCGACGGAAUGGAGCAAAGAGGAGUUAGAACCUAAUAUGGAUAAGAAAUGGAAAAGUAUGGCGGUUUGGGGAAAACGAGAUGCAGAUUCAGAAGUCGAAAAGAAAUGGAAGCAAAUGGCAGUUUGGGGAAAACGAGAUAUGGACCCCGAAUUGGAAAAGAAAUGGAAGCAAAUGUCCGUUUGGGGGAAAAGGGAUAUGGACCCCGAAUUAGAAAAGAAAUGGAAGCAAAUGUCCGUUUGGGGGAAAAGGGAUAGUGAUUUAGACAUGGAAAAAAAAUGGAAACAAAUGUCCGUUUGGGGUAAAAGAGAUAUGGACCCUGAAAUGGAAAAGAAAUGGAGGCAAAUGGCAGUUUGGGGAAAAAGGGAUAUGGACCCCGAAAUGGAAAAGAAAUGGAAGCAAAUGUCCGUUUGGGGAAAAAGAGAUAUGGACCCCGAAUCGGAAAAGAAAUGGAAGCAAAUGUCCGUUUGGGGGAAAAGGGAUAUGGAUCCUGAAAUGGAAAAGAAAUGGAAGCAAAUGUCCGUUUGGGGGAAAAGGGAUAUGGACCCGGAAAUGGAAAAGAAAUGGAAGCAAAUGUCCGUGUGGGGAAAAAGAGAUAUGGACCCCGAAAUGGAAAAAAAAUGGAAACAAAUGUCCGUUUGGGGGAAAAGGGAUAUGGACCCGGAAAUGGAAAAGAAAUGGAAGCAAAUGGCAGUUUGGGGUAAAAGAGAGGAUAUACCUGAAACCGAAAAGAAAACGGAAACUGGAUCAGUGCGUGUAAAAAGAGAAAGUAGAGGCUCAGGAAACGGAUGGAGAGCCUUGUCCGCUUGGGGUAAAAGGUCAACAGACUCUCAAAUCGAUAGGUCAACAGACUCUCAAAUCGAUAGGUCAACAGACUUAGACGUUGAAAAAAAGUGGAAAGAAAUGUCCGUUUGGGGAAAACGUGAGAAAGAAGACCUCGAAAAGAGAUGGAGGGAAAUGGCCGUAUGGGGAAAGAGGAGUAACCCACGCGCUUCUUCGAGAAACUGGCAGCAUUUACUAAACAUUUGGGAGAAGCGGCCAAGCUGGAGUACCGGCUUCAGCAGCUGGGGAAAGCGAUCAGGAACAGACGACCAGUUCGAUGUUAAGGACUACCUGCUUCAAACAAAGUUAAACACAGCUCCUGAAGAGAUGAUGACGUAAUAUGGACGCUGCCCGAGGGUGAUCCUGUCGGGAACCACCCCUCACACAGCUGCCACGGCGGUGAUACCAGCCCACUAAACUGCAAUAACUACAACAUAUUUUAACACAACUCGAUUGGAAGUUUUAUUUUUGUUACUUACCUCCCUUGUGUUUUUGUCAUUCUUUCAUUAAUUUCAAAUUUUGAAAAAUAAGAUCGAAAGAUGUAUUGAAAUCUGAAUUAGGUGAAUUCUUAUUAAAUUUUUUAUACGAGAGUUAAUCAAGAAAACAUUUAACAAAUGUUAGUGGUUAUAUUAAGUUCAACAUUUUGAACAAUCUUUAAUAAACGAAGGUUAUUAGUUGGUGUGUACUUAAUACUUUUACCCAAAUCAUGGAAUGUAGGGUCCUUUGUUGUUAUAAUUUUAGUUUUAGUAAAAUCGUUACGGGCCUGUGGUUAACUAUUUUUAUUGUAAGUGGUUUAUGAAAUAAUAAAAUUUAUUUACACAAAAAAUAAAAAAUAAAAAUUCCGUUUCAAAUUAAUCCUAAUUAUAGCUGCGAUUCUUUUAAUUGUUAAAGUAUUUAAAAAAUUAAUUAUCAUUUAAGUGUUUCCAAAUUUUUACAUUUUUUUCGAUAACAAAAUACAUUUUUUUGUUUUCUUUCAUUUUUAAUUUUGACAUUUGAUUUGAUCAAGUUGUGUUAGUUGUUUCAACUGGUUUGUUCAAAAUAUUUUUUCUGGAUUUUGGGCAAAUUUUGUCUCAAACACUACAAUUACUAUUAAAACAUGUUGUCUGAAGUGAUA